AUGAGAUUGCUCUCCGCUCUCUCGGGCAGCAGCAAUAGCGCAAGGAGCACCAGACCCAUCUUCUUUCUCCUCGUGUGCUUUGCCGCACUCCUGGCCGACGCCAAAGGCAAGGAUCCCACCCUGCACCACACAUAUUUCAAAACCCCACUCUCCAAACUCGUCUACUUUAAGUCCCCAACAACCAUCCUCGGCCUGGACAAAACCACCAAUAGCGGCAGGGUUUUUCGAAGCGCGGACAGCGGCGAGCACUGGAGUGAAAUCGCCGCGAUCACCAAGGCCUCUCGUCUCUACGCCCACCCACACGACCCGCUGACGGCCUACGCACUAUCCGAGGGCUCGGAACAUUGGGUCACCCACGAUGAGGGCAAGACCUGGUCGGGGUUCAGCACCCCUGGGGCGCCCACCACGGCCCCGGGCGAACGGCCCUUGGCGUUCCAUGCAGAGCGGGCUGGGUGGAUACUGUUUUUUGCUGAAAAAUGCAAGGAGGAGACCGGUGGCUGGUGGCCCUUCCCCAGGAUGGUCUGCCACGACGAAGCGUAUUACACCAAAGACGGGUUUGACCAGGCGGCCAAGGAUUACAAGGCCGGGGACAGGGCCGGCUCGGCCAUCACGGCGCUGCUCGGGGAUGGGAAGCCCGUGGCAAAGUGCCUGUGGGCGCGGCAGACAAAGGAAUUCGAGGCCAUGGCGGAGGCUGCUAUCUUCUGCCUAGAGAUUGUGCCGGAGUCCGAAACUGUGGAAAACAAGCGCAGCCUGGACGGCAAGCGGUCGCUCGCCGGCGAUAUCGCCGGGAUCCUCGACAAGCAGACGCCGCGCAGCACCGUGCAGCUGACGGCUUCGGAGGAUUUUUUCUCGACCAAGCGCACCGUGCACUUUGGGUCCGGCAACGACGGUGCAGGCGGCGACCGCGCGGGCGGCGGGGUUGUGGCGGUCAGCGUCGUGAAGAACUACCUGAUGGCGGCGAUCAGCCACGCACACUCCAACGAGAUGGAUCUCUUCGUCUCCAUGGACGGCCACACCUGGGCAGAAUCCCGCUUGCCGUUGCCGCCGGGCGCAGAGGAGGACGCUUACACCAUUCUGGAGUCCACCGCACACUCCGUGCUUGUCGACGUGCAGACGUCGUCGGCCGGCGCCCUGGGUACGCUUUUCCGGUCAAACUCAAACGGCACCUACUACACGGCGUCCCUGGAACACACGCAUCGGGCCGCCAGCGGCUUGGUUGACGUUGAGCGCGUGCACGGGGUUGAGGGUGUGAUUAUUGCCAACCAGGUGGCCAACUGGGAGCAGAUCGGCCGUGGUAUCGGCGGCAUCCUGCACCGCGAAAAGCUCGAGCUGAAAAGCCGGAUUUCAUUCAACGAUGGCGCGCGGUGGCAUUUUCUACAGCCCCCCAAGAAGGACCUUGAUGGCAAGGCGUUUGGGUGCUCGAGGGACGGCUGGGAGACCGGACAGUGCGCCCUGCACCUGCACUCGGUCACGUCUACGCGGACGCCCGGCCGCGUCUUCGGGUCGCCCUCGGCAGCCGGCGUCAUCCUGGCCGUCGGCAACGUCGGCUCGCAGCUAGCGCCCUGGCGCGAGUGCGAUACUUUUUUGAGCCGUGACGGCGGAAUCACCUGGAAGAUGGUGCACCGGGAGGCCCACCACGUGCAGCUCGCGGACGCUGGCUCCGUCCUCAUCCUGGCCAACGACGAGGUGCCCACCGAUGUGCUCGCGUAUUCGCUGGACAGCGGCGACACCUGGACGAAUGCCGCGCUGGACCAGAAGAUGCGCGUCUCUGCGCUGUUCAUAGAUGACGACGGGCUCAGUCCUGUUGUGUUGGCUGUGGGCACGGCGCGCGAGGGCGCCCACAACCAUGAGCAGGUCGUUGUCUCGGUGGACUUUGCCAAAUCCUGGUCGCGCCAGUGCUCGCUCGACCCAAAGGACCCCAAAGCCGGUAAGGACACCGAGCUCUUUAUCAUGUCCUCCCAUGACGACGACGACUGCAUUAUGGGGCAUCGCUCCGAACAUAUACGCCGCAAACCCUCCGCCGACUGCUUCAUGCGCCUGGACCAGGUGCUGUUGCCCCUGCAGACUGACUGCGACUGCGCCACGCGUGAUUUCGAGUGCGACUAUAACUACGCCCUGGAUCAGAAGGGCCAGUGCGAAUUAGUUGGCAGGGAGGUUAUCCCGCGCGGCCAGUGUCUGCACAAGGAAGAUCGCUUUGACGCGUCCUCUGGGUACCGGCUGAUUCCCGGCAACACGUGUGUUCGCAGCAGCCGCACAAAGGACCUGGACAAGCCCGUGAACAAGCUGUGUCCGCGCGUCCAGCCACCCAACGGCGACAACAGCAAUGGCGAUGAGCACGCCCAUGAGGACAACAAUAAGGGUGAAGUUUUUGGCCCAGUCAGCCACCACACUAUGGUGAUGCGCGGCGAGCCGCAUAUCAUGACUUUCCCUAACAGCACUUCGUUCCUUUUGAUGACGUCCGGCCAGGAGCUGUACCGCUCGGACGACGAGGGAGCCAAGUGGAUCAAGGUUGAUCUGGCUGCAAGCACAGGCAAUGCCAAGGUCGGCAAGCCCGUCUACCUCACUGCGCACCGCUACCAUAGCUCGCGCGCCUUUGCUUACACCGACGCCGACCUUUUGCUGUUCACAGGUGACCGCGGCGCGACCUGGUCCCAGGUGCGCAGCCUGCCGUCGCCCGCCAACAGUCUGCACAUCCGGCCGCUGCUUGACUUUAACCCGACCAACCCCGACUGGCUGCUGUUUGUCGGCGGCACUGCCUGCCCAGGCUGCCACUCGGAGAUCUGGCUUUCCCCGGACAAUGGCCAAAAGUGGACGCGCAUCACCACACAUGCGACAAAAUGCCAGUUCGCUCGCUCCAAGGAGUUCACAGCAACAGAUUUACCGGCCGAGUCGGUCAUUUGCACAAACUACAGGCUGACCAGCGGCAAUGGCAAUGAGCAGGACCGGCAGGCGGAGAAGCGGAAUCCGGACAAUUACGUGGAAAUCCGCGUUUUCACCCAGCCCUUCCGCGACAGCACCUUCCGUGUGAUUCCGCUGCCACACCCGGAACGCAGCGAAAUCGUCGAUAUGCAUAUUUACAGUCGGUUCAUCAUCGCUGCUGUCAUUGAGACCGUGACGGAUGAUGCAGGCAGACCCGCCACUGCGCUCAAAAUGUUUGUGUCGGAUGAUGGCAAGUCCGUGCAUGAGGCGCGGUUCCCGCCGGGCACUAACAUCAAGCCCGAGGCGUUCACUUUGCUGCCGGCGCACGCCGGUACGGUGCUGAUUGAUGUCGAGGGCGCGCCCAAUUCGGCCGGCGACUCGGACUGGGGCACCGGCUGGGGCACGCUGUUUGCCAGCAACAGCAAUGGCACGCACUUCCAUAUGGUUUUACAGCACACCAACCGCAAUCGCCAAGGCCUCGUUGAUAUCGAGCGCGUCGAUGGCCUGGAGGGUAUGCUGAUUGCCAACCGGGUGGUCAAUGCCGAGGCCCUGGGCAAGCCCGGCGUGCACAAGCUGCUCCGCACCGUAGCCAGCUGGGAUGACGGCCGGUCGUGGCACCCGCUGGCGGCCCCGCAGAAGGACAGCUCAGGCCGGGACAUUGACUGCAUUGACUGCUCGCUCCACUUGUACAGCCGCUCGUCGAUGCUGGGCAUGGAUGCGCUCUACGGCGUGUCUUCGGCGCCCGGGUAUCUGAUGGGCGUCGGGUCCGUGGGCACGCACCUGGGGCGGUACAAGCAGGCGCGCACGUACUUGUCGAGCGAUGGUGGGAUUACCUGGGCGGAGAUCCGAAAUACCGACCAUAUGUACGAGUUCGGCGACCACGGUGCCCUGCUAGUGCUUGUCGACGACUCGAAUCCGACAGACUCGCUGCAGUACUCGGUUGAUGGCGGCAGCACGUGGAAGUCCUACCGGUUUACGACCGGUGGUACAAAGGUUAUUGUUGACCGGAUUACUAAUGGCGAGGAUAGUGGCGGCCAGGGUAUUUUGAUCCUGGCUCGUGAGAUCAUGCCCUCAGGUGGCCCCAAUUUCCAGGACACCAUGGUUAUUUACGUGGACUUUAGUAAGUUGCACGUGCGCCAGUGUCAUAUUGACAAGCGCGAUCACUCGAAGAGCGACUUUGAGCUGUGGACGCCACGCUGGGUUGGGGCUGGAUCUAGAAGUGGCAGUCGCGACGAGGCUAUUUGCGUGCUGGGCAGCGAGACAUCUUACUGGCGCCGCAAGGCCACCGCCGGCUGCUUUGUUGGCAACGAGUUUGAUCCUCCGGAGACAUCCACGCGGCCCUGUGAGUGCACCGUGCAGGACUACGAGUGCGACGAGGGGUUCUGGCUCAACGACUACGGCGAGUGCACACUGGACGGCCCCGAUCCUUACCAGCCCGCGGACUGUCACGACGGCAAUAUGUACAAGGGCCGCUCCGGGUAUCUCAAGAACUCGCAGUCGCAGUGCGCCGGUGGCAAGGACCUGACCAGACCUGUUGACCGUGUGUGUGGUCGGGCCGGUGGCUUACACGCGACGGCGUUUGUCUUAGACUCGCCUGUCGCCGAUAUGCAGUACUUUAAGAACUCGCACCAUAUUGUUGCGCGCACCGAGAGUGACCGCGUCUGGGUCAGUCUCGAUGAGGGCAGCCGGUGGUUGGAGCUGUCCUCAGCCUCUGAAUCUGCAGACUCUCGUAUUGUGGAUGUCAUUCGGCACCCAUACUUCGAAGACUACGCCUACUUUGUGCCGGCCAAGGGCACCAUUGCGAUGUACACUGACGACGAGGCGCGCACAACCCGCACCCUGCAUCUGCCGACGUCGCCUGCACACGCUAUGGGCCCUGUGCUGAGGUUCCACCCGGACACCCCCGACUGGCUCAUCUACCACGGCCAGCCCAACGCUGAUUGCGGCACCACGGUUGAUGCCGGGCGGUGCCAUGUGGAGGCAUUUGUGUCGCGCGAUCAUGGCGCGCACUGGGAUGCGCUGGUGACGCCGGUGGGUUCCGGCGGAUGCUCGUUCCUCAAGUCCGACCGACUGACCAAAGCGCAGCACAACACAGUUGUCUGCGCGCGGCAUCCUGAUGCGCGCAACGGAGGCGGCGACAUUGUUGUCAGCGACAAUUGGUUUACGAAGAACGAGCAUGUCUUGGUGAGCAACUCGACCGACUACACCAUCAUGGGUGGCUUCCUUUUGAUGUCGCAGGAUGUGGAGGACGGCAAGUCUUUGCGGAUGCAUAUUUCGCUGGAUGGCGUGACCGCGGCUGUGGCCAAGUUCCCCGGCGACAAGCUCACUAUGGGCUCGGCCUACACUGUUCUGGAGCCGCCCGAGGGAUUCGAGUACCGCGACUUGACCGGCCGCAAUCACAAGAUGCCCGGUGCUGGCCUGAUGAUGCAUGUGACGAAGAGUAGUCGGGCGGGCGCUGAGUGGGGCUCGAUUUACACGUCCAACUCUAAUGGCACAUACUACCGUCGCACGCUAGAGUACGUCAAUCGCGAUGAGAACGGGUUAGUGGACUUUGAGCGCGUCCGUGCGCUAGAGGGCGUUUCCAUCGCCAACACUGUGGCCAACCCCGAGGAUGUGCUUAAGACCAACAAGCCUAAGCGCCUGCAAACGCGCAUUACGAACGACGGCGGGUCUCGGUGGCACUUCUUACGUGUGCAGGGACCGCAGACACCCUGUAAGAUGACCGCGCCCGCGAGCGGCACCUGCGCCCUGCACUUGCACGGGUACACGGAGGUGUCGGAUCCUGAGAAUAUUUACUCUUCGGCUGGCGCCGUUGGUCUUGUCAUGGGCGUCGGCACGGUGGGUGCUUCUCUCGGCAGGAUUGGCCAGUCUGAUAUGUACUUGUCCCGGGAUGGCGGCGUCGAAUGGGCGCUUGUGCAUAAGGGCCCGAUGUGGCACGAGUUUGGCGACCACGGCGGGCUGAUCGUCGUGGCUGAUCGUAUUCACCCGAUAUCCGAGGUCGAGUACUCGCUGGACCAGGGCAGAACGUGGUUGUCGCUUAAGCUGCCCGAGGAGGCGCGCGCUAUGCGCGUCGAGUUCCUGACCACUACGCCGGAUAGCACCAGCCGCCGCUUCGUCAUGUACGGCAAGAAGGAUGGCGGCAAUAAGGGCAUUGUGGUUGGUUUGGACUUUACUGGUGUGCAGCCGCGCAUGUGCCAGUUCGACCCGCUGGACGAGAAGAACCACGAAAACAAGGAUGAUUUUGAGCUUUUUAUACCCAAGCACAUCGACUUGUCUUCCGACCAGGAUGGAUGUGUGCUCGGCCGCAAGGUCCAGUACUACCGGCGCAUAUCCGACCGCGCAUGCUAUGUCGGUGACGAGUUCCGCCCUGUGCGCUAUCUGUCGGAGACCUGUGAGUGCUCGGAGCGCGACUACGAGUGCAAUUACAAUUUCGAGCGCAGUACCUCUUCGUCCGACAAUGCCUUUGGCAAGUGUGUGCUGGUCAAGGGUAUGCAGGCGCCCAGAACUAAUUGCACAGACGAUUAUGAGGACUACUUUAUUAUUGAGGCGGCAUACCGCAAGCUCCCGCAAUCCGUCUGCCGCAACGGCCUGGUGCUUGAUCGGCCAAAGGAAGUGUGGUGUCCUGGGAAGGCCCGGUCGAUUGCUAUCUUCUGGUCUCUGUUCUUGCCCUUCUUCUUCCUCAGCCUGGCCUAUGUCGCCUACCAUAUGUGGCGCAGCCGCUACCCGUAUCUGCGCUUGGAGGAUAUCGGCACGGCGGUGGGCCCGGCGCUGCGGCGGCACUUACGCGUUCCCAAUGCUAAUUCUGGGAUUGUGGAGCAGCUCCAGCCUGUGUUUUUUGGCGCCCUGUCUACGGCCAAGGCGGUGGGGAGUGCAGCCAAGGAAGGGUUCCUUUGGACAGUUGAUCGUGCGGCUCCAUUUUUACCACAAUCUAUUCAGCGCUGGUCGUACGACCAUCCUCCUCGCUGGGGCAGUUCUCGUUUGAGUAUGGAUGGCCGGUCGAGGAGGGAUAUUAGGAGUGGCGAGGGCGGAAACCGGUUCACUUAUCAUCCUCUGAGCACAAAUGAGGCGGCGGCAAUUGUUUUUGGUGAUGGCACUGCUACUGGUGCCGGUGCCUCUGCUUGGAGGGUGGAUGAGUAUGACGAGGUUGAGGCUGGGUUUAGCCAUUUCUUGCAUGAGGACGAGGAGGAUCGGUUUGGGUCGAGGUUUGGCGAGGAUGAUGCGAGGUUGGUUGAUCGACAAGUUCUUUUCGCGAAUACUGAGCUGUCUGAAGAUGAAGAUGAAGACAACGUUGUGAAUGCAAUGGCAGUUGGGGAUAUAUCUGCUGUUGUUGAUUUUGCUGAUAGUGGCGAUUCGGACAGUGACCGUAGUUAUUUAUCUUUUUCUGGUUAUUGUUGA